AUGGACUCUUCUUCUUCUAAACGAAGUUAUACUAUUGUAUUUAAGCUUGAUAUAAUAUUAUAUGCAGAAAAUACAUCUAACUAUAAAGCAUUAUUGUUUUAUAAAGUUGCACAGAAAUGCAUCCAAAAGUGGAAAAAACAAAAAAAUAAAUUUGAAGCGAUCAGAAAUGAUCAAAGUAUUAAUAUCAAUCAAGUUCAUGCUCUUAGUGGUCGUGGUAGAAAAGCCAAGUACCCUGAAUUGGAGGAAAAAUUGUUAGCUUAUGUUCAAAAUAAGCAACAAGAAAAAAAUACAGUUACCACUUCCAUGAUCGAACGCAAGGCCAAAGAAUUUGGAAAAAAUUUAAAUCUUGAAGACACUAAGUUCUCUCGUAGUUGGGUUGAACAUUUUAAAAAACAACAUAAAUUAGUAGAACACACCAGAACACAAGUCACACAAAAGCUUCCAGAGGACAUGCCUUUGGUCAUUAAGGACUUUCUUAAAAUAUUGUAUAAAAAAACAGUGAAUAUUGAAAAAAAAUUUAUUCUUUCCUUUGAUGAAACACUGAUGUGUCUUGGUUAUACUGCAUCUGGAGAUAAACUUCUACCCACUAUGAAGUCUACAUAUAUUCCACGUGUUAUUCAAGCUAUGACAAAUGUAUUCUUUAAAAAUAAAGGAGUAAUAUUUGUUGAUCGUUAUCAUAGUCAUGUUCGAGAUGAUGUAGUUAAAGCAUUUAAUAUGAAAGGCUUGGAUUAG